AUGACUGGCGGGCGGAUUCGCCACUGGACCAGCAGGACUGGUCGGGCAUCGGCGGUUGACAGGCUGAACCGGGCCAGUCUUCGAGCUUCUGCGUCAGAAAACAGACUAUGCUGCGCUGUACUCCUUGGUCUUUUGUCUCAUGCUGACGGCGGUGGCCACGAGCGCAUUCAGCUCAGCGACGAUGUCGACUCAUGGGUCCGCCUCGAUGACUGCGAAGGUUGGGGAGCUCAUACCGACAUGGGUCAUCUCUUCAAAUUAUUUGCGAGCACUUCAAGGACACCGCCCCCGGGAGUUCCUGUCUUUGCCCCAGAUGACCCACCUCCUACGGACACUGAACGGACCAAGUACGCAGCUCUGAGUUACUGCUGGGGAAAAUAUGAGACAUGGCCACUCUGUCGUACCACCCGUGAGAACCUUUUCAAUCAUUUGGGUGGGAUCCGCCCGGAGGAAUUACCUCUGGCCCUUUCGGAUGCGGUGGUUGCCACCCGGCGGCUAGGCCUGGAGUAUCUGUGGAUCGACUCCUUGUGUAUCAUACAGGAUGACGAAAAGGACUGGCAGAUUAAGUCUUUGCAGAUGGCCACGGUGUACACCCACGCCUAUGUCACACUUUUCGCGGCUCAUGCCGCAAAUACCGACACGGGAAUAUUCUGCCAUCGCGAGAAGGAAAGCCUAACGCACAUCCUCACCAUCAGAUUUCGCGGCGAGAGUUACCCUAUAUGGGCCUUCCAUGUCCCCCAAGAGAGCGGGAGGAUCGAGCCCAGGCUGCUGGCAGAUAUCUGGCGGGGAUCUUUAGAAAGGAGUCUGGAGUACCCAAUAUUCAAUAGAGCAUGGGCAUUCCAGGAAAGGCUGGCCUCGAGGCGGGUGCUGUUUUUCGGCAAGGAAGAGCUCAUCAUGGAAUGCGCGUCCGGGUGUGUGUUUGAGGAGAGCAUUUAUCGGAUGCAGCCGCCUCGACUGAGCGAUAAGACGCUCAAGGAAGCCUACGCAGACGGGAUGACCUCCUCGCGCAAGACAUGGUGGGAAAUCGUCUUCACGUACAGCCACCUCAAGCUCACAGUCCCCACCGACAGGCUUUCAGCAAUUGCUGCUGUUGCGCAGCGCCUCGCCCAGCACAACCCAACAGACGAAUAUCUCUGUGGGCUGUGGCGAAAAUCAUUCCUCAGCGAUCUGUUGUGGGAACGGGUCUUGAAUAAUCUCGAUAGAGGUAUUGCCCCUAUUAUUGUCGCAAGGUGGGGUCCUGAAUCCUACGUCCUACCCUACGUUGCGCCGUCGUGGUCGUGGAUUUCCUUUCGAAGCAAAGCAAGGAACAUCUCACACAUCAUAGAGCCUCUUAGCACGGUUCUCGACAUCCAUCUUGAUUACAGGGAUCACAGCAAGUUUGGUCGCGUCUCUGGUGGUUUUGCGAAGAUACAGGGUCCGGUGGUCGACCUUAAUUGGCAAGUGCGAGCCCAUUGGUACUAUUCUCAAUUUAUCGACAGUGAGCAGGAAAUGACUUUGGCCGACAAUCCUGAUCAAAAAGCCGCCUUCUCAGUUGACUACGACUUCUACAGCGGUGUGCGGGCACCAAGCCCUGGAUGGAGAGUUCGAGUCCGCUGCUUACUGAUCGGUUUCGAUGAGGAUGGCUCGAUUGGGGCUGUCAUUUUGUUCCGUAUCGGGCAGACCGAUCGUUACUGGCGCCUGGGUAUCGUACAUGGCAGUCUGACUUUGACCGAUCGCGAUAGCAUCGACUGGAGAGCAGUUCUUGAUCUGCACAGUCGUAUCGAGACCUGUAUCAUUCAAUGA